GGAUUCAAUGUUGCACCAUCUUCAACUCUUCUCGGUAUCCGGAGUUUUUCAAGAAAAGGUCCCAUCCUUCAAUAUCAUGAUUGGGUCGACCAGGCCAGAUCAUGAGUAAAUAGAAAAUCGAAAACGUACAUAGCUGUUCCAGCUGAAAUACUUGGAAUAAUUCUACCACUUCUACUAGGAGUAGCCUUUUUAGUGCUAGCUGAACGUAAAGUAAUGGCUUUUGUGCAACGUCGAAAGGGUCCUGAUGUAGUGGGAUCGUUCGGAUUGUUACAACCUCUAGCAGAUGGUUCGAAAUUGAUUCUAAAAGAACCUAUUUCACCGAGUAGUGCUAAUUUCUCCCUUUUUAGAAUGGCUCCAGUGGCUACAUUUAUGUUAAGUCUGGUCGCUCGGGCCGUUGUACCUUUUGAUUAUGGNACUCCUCGGAAGUCAGAACCGAGGGUGGUGCAGCUGUCAUUACUUUUGGCUGUGCUAGUUGUUUUGCUGUUUGGGCUAUUAUGUACAGCUUUUGCAAACCGUUUGGUGGCUGGAUUUUUUGGCCUCUUUAAGGCUUGGUUAAGUGCUCUUGUGGGUUGUGUAAAUCCAUCCCCCUUUUUUGAUUUUGAUUGUCAGAUUGCUGGGGCCCGUCCGAGAAUCUUGACUUUGUAA